UUAAGGUAAUACACGCUUGCACUCUUUCAUCGUACACGUAUCAGUUGUCCUGCUCUGGCCCUCAAUGUAGCUCAGCGCUGCGCAAACCGGUGUAACGAUGUUGCUAUUUCUGCUGCUGAGAGGACUCACACUUCAGAAGCGGUUUACCGGAUCGAGGUCUCUCACUCGUAAAACGACGCGCGCACGUAUCGCACGUUUGUUCGAAACCGUAUCCACCAAGUUGAAAUCGCUCGUGAGAAUUAAAUGAAGCCGCCGUUUCUGGUUUGUUGCAUUCGCGAUCCUGCAAGGAUCCCCGUUUGUAUGAUCGGUGAUUUGUGGGAGGGUAGCGUGGCAGUGCUUUGGAUGAUGUAUUGAACAAUCGAAGGAAAUUAAUUGGAUAAUUACUGGCGAUGAAAAUCAAUAGGUGGAAAUAAGGCAGUGGUGUUAAACUGAUCGACCGGAGGAGAUGUGAAGACCGAAGACCUGUUGAAUGAAGACUAAUUUACCACCUGUAAGCGUGGUUUGAAGAUUGGCAGGUGAUCAAAUGAUUUGCGUGUUUAGUGGGAAACUGCAGUUGAUUUAGUGCGACAAUAAGACAAGAACGACGGUCGAAGGCAAGAUCGAUUUUUUUCUUGAAUUUUGAGUUUAGAAGAGACCAGUGGUACCAGAAAAACAUCUAGUGAUUGUGAGGAGAUUCUAUAAGUCUGAUUCCGAAGUGGUUGUGUCUACUGAAAACUUAAGAAGAUAUCGUUCCGUGCUGAUCCAGAACAAGUGUUCAAGUGUUUGUCGUGGCACGAGUUGAUAAAAAAGUGUAAUUGGACUAAUUCCAGAUCCUGCAUAAAAAAACAACAAAAUGGAAUCGGACGGAGAACGUGACAACGGCUACAAUCACUACAACUCACCACAACAUCAACAGUCAGUACAGCAGAGCUACCACCGAUCAUACGAGGAUUAUAUCCACCCCCUACAGCAGCAACAGCAGCAACAGAGCCAGCAAACCCAGUCUCAGACUACGACCGGCGGUUCCCCACUGCCAGGUCUGUCCGGUCAGCACUCGGCUGGUGGUGCCGGCAGUAUGCUAGCACCGCCGAGUCCCAGCAUGCAUGGUUCCGGCAGUAACGGCAUGAUGUCCUCCCCGCUGAUGCAAUCCCAUUCGCCACUGCUUUCGUCGAACCCCUCCCUGCUGAAUUCCCAGUCUCCAUUGCUAUCCAAUUCCCCACUGAUGAGUCAGUAUUCGCCCUAUCAGGACGUUAUCCCUACCAUCCUACCGCAGGAUGAACCCGGUGGAUGGGGUGGUUACGCACUGGCACCGGGACCCUAUCAGAGCGAAUUCUGUGCCUCGAACUACGGUGUACUGCACCAGCGCCAACAGUACGGACCCGGAGGUCACGGGAAAAUGGGGCCCCAUGGGUCAUUGAAAAGUGCCAAAGAAGCACGCAUCCGACGGCCCAUGAAUGCAUUCAUGGUGUGGGCCAAGGUGGAACGGAAAAAGCUGGCCGACGAGAAUCCAGACCUGCACAAUGCCGAUCUCAGUAAAAUGCUAGGGAAGAAAUGGCGUUCGCUAACGCCACAGGAUCGCCGACCGUAUGUAGAGGAAGCUGAACGACUUCGUGUGAUCCACAUGACCGAACACCCCAACUACAAAUAUCGACCACGUCGUCGAAAGCAGGCAAAAACUCGCGGUGGUGGUCCCGGUUCCAAUGGGGGAUCCGGAGUUCAAUCCGUGUUGAAUAAUACUCAAAAUACCAACGUGAGUAAUUCCUCCCCAAGUGAACUGAACUUUGACGGUGAUUCGUCGCAACGGAUGAGUCCAUACAGUUACAAUCCACAUUACUACUCUGGAGCUAACAAUGUUCUAAACACACCUGACUCAAGUCCCACGCAAACUCCAUCACCAGCUCCACCUACGGUAGUGUCCGGUUCUGCAUCCGGAAACAAUCGGAAACUUUCCGGAAAUUCAGUCGAUGUAGGUCAAAAGCUCGAUGACGUUUCAUCUGCACUUCCAACGCCGGAAAUGAGUCCACUGGAACUGGAAAAAGAAGCCUAUAACGGACUCCACGCCAGUUAUGACGACCUGAAGAGCAAACAGAAAUUGUCUUAUGAAAACUACAAUAACAUCAAGAGUGAACAGAAGCUACCUGCCACAUUUCCGAAUAGCUACGAUCAUGACAGUGAAAUCAAACGAGAGUAUAGUUCUGCUGCAUCCUACCUAAGUUCUGGAUCAGAAAAGCGAUACUCUUACGAUACAUCGUUGAGCAAUGGUAUCCAUGAUAAGCGAAACUACCUCUGUGCCAGCAGUGGAUCGACAACGACUACUGCAAUGGUCAACGGAAUGUACGUCAUGUGUACAAAUCGAAGCAUUCUAGACCAAGGGCACAUUGUUACUGGUACAUAUUUUCCUCCAUUGGCCACAUCCGAGGAUCACCAAACCUUGGGUACUACCCUCACCAACAGUCAUGUUUCGCAUCUCAGUACAAACAGUAAUAGCAAUAGCAGUAACCACAACCAUGGCAAUAGCAACAGUGCUAGUAGCAAUCUUCCAAACAGUCUGAAUAAAAUCAGUAAUGGCUUACCUGGGAGUAUUCAUCUCAGUAGCAGUACCGGUAACUCCACUUCACUUACGCAACAAUCAACACAUCAGACUUCACUGACAGCCGAUCAAAUCAAUAACUACUACGGUGUCAAUUCAUUAUCGUCCGGACUACCAGCGUACUCGUACGCCUACAAAGACUAUGGCAUUACCUACGAGUCGUCUUCAAUGGGUCAGGAUGAAGUGGACUCCCGAGAACUGGACAAGUACUUGAAAUAUCCGGACAACAAUCACAAUUUCAACAGUUACGAUUCGUACCCCCAUAGUGCAGCUAUCUACGGUCAUCCGCAAACCGAAUACUACAGUUAUCAUCAGCAGAACGCCAGUCUUCUGGCCCAGCAGCAGCAGCAGCAGCAGCAACAACAACAACAACAACAACAACAACAACAACAACAACAACAACAACAACAGCAGCAACUACCAGUAGGAUCCGCUUCACCUGCCAGUAGUAAUCACGGAACAGGACCAACCGGAAACACCACUGGAAAAGUUGAUGGUAUGAUUGGAGCACCCGGUCAUCUACCGACAACUCCCGUGGCACUGUAUGCACUUCCAUUACAGCAUUCCCAGUUGGCGGCAGCACAACAACAUCAGCAGCAACAACAACAACAACAUCACCAUCAUCUCCACCACCAACAGCAGCAGCAACAUCCACAGCACUCGCAAACACUGCAUCCCCAUGGACCGAGCGCACAUGGUAUGACCUACGUCACCAGUGAGCAGUUGAAAGAUGACGAAUUCAGCAACAUACUAGCCGGGGUGAGGAAAACAUGCUACAGUAAUUAGGAAAUGAUGAUGCACUCGAGAGAAAGUGAUGUUUUUGACACGGGUAAAAGGGUUGACACCUGGACGAACAGAAUUGCUGACGCAUUUCGCACCAAAUCAUAUUCAUAGUUUGCAGCACCCUCUCAGAUUUCAACUGAACUUUCUGAUAUUGUUACAAAAAGCUACUUUGAAACAAACAUCGUUUUCCAAAAUUGACAAAAUUUUUUCAUAUUUUUUUCAAAUGGCUGCAGUCGCCAUCCUACGAAAAAGUGCUCUAUGAGUGAUUUUUACAAAAUAUGUCUAUUUUAGAAAAAAAAUAUUUAAGAAAUUCCUAAUCGAGUCCUACACCGGAAAAUAGAUUUAAAAAUGCUAAGUCUAUUUGAAAAAAAAGCAUCAGUUACACAGGUGAAAGUAGGAAGUAGGGGGCAAAGCGGAGACAUUUUGGUUAAUGGUUGUUUUUACAUUUUAAAUGAGAUAUUUUCUACGUAUAUAAACUUGCGUAGUCUUUAAUGACUAAUAAAAUCAAAUUAAAUAAUGUGCAUGGUUCUAUCUCAUCCAUUUUACCGUAUUUAGAAAUAAAUUUAGAAUCAUGGUUUGUUUUAGGGCCAUCCUAAAACCACUAUAGCCAAAAAACGCAGUGAAAUAUUGAAAAUCUCGAACGAUUAUAUCCAAGGAUGGCUUUUGUCGUAUCAAAGAAAGCUCACUGGCAACUCUUCAACGAUUGAAUCAGUGCCAUCAAAGAGAGACGAAUAUCAUCGCAACAACAAAAACCCGGCAUGGCUCAUUUAACAUAGAAUCGACACCAGUGCGAGAGCGAAUUUCUCUCGAUGAAAUUUCUGAGAAUCAAAGGUUAGCACGCUGCUGUGGGGAUCUUCUCUGAAGCAACAAACGGUCGCUUAUUCUCGUUUCGCGAUCCGAUUCCAUACAGGCAGUUGAUUAUUGCGGUAGAAUCAUUUUACUAUUCCCGCUUAUUCUAACUAUGUGCAUAUAACCUUUGUAUAAGUUGUGUCUAUGAAAAUGUCUGUGAAUGCUCCACACAAGGGUUUUGAAAUAUUGCAACCUAGUAAAAGAAUCAUCAAGUUGAAUCAUCGAUUCGAUUUUCUGCGAUAAUUGUCAACUUGCGAUUCUCUCUUGGGAAAUUCCACACAGCAACGAUCAUUAUCAGAUUGUAAAUUUUUUAAAGGGUGUGAAAUACUCAGAGUAUGAAGUGGAGCGAAGAAAUGUAACAAAAUUCUCUCACGGUUCACGCAUUGAGAGACUCGAGUUCUUGUAGCAUCUUCUACCGGAUUGAAAAUGUUGUAUACAAUAUAGAUUGCAAUAUAGCAGCUUAUGUCAAAUUUUCGGCAAUCACCAACACUGAUUAUAUCUAUACACCGAAACAAACAAUAUAAUUGAGCCGAAAAAAAUAUACCUGAACAAAAACGCUUAACGAAGCUCGAAGGUGUUUUGAAACGAUAUGCUUAUUUUUGUAGGUAGAUAAAAACAUAAUCCAGAAAAGGCAGGAGGGUAAUGUCAGAGACAUAACCGGAUGACGUGAAUAAGAAUAAAAUGGAUGAUUUAGUUUCUUCAAUGUUGAAAAAUUUGGAUUUUGGACUUCGCUGAAUUCUGUAACUCAAUUUUGAUGCUAGAUUCGGGAACCUGAACUCAAUAACUGAAUUCCGAAACUGAAUUCUAAAUUGUUAAAUUGAUUACUGAACCUGUGUUUUGGAACUGUAUUCGAGAUCAGGAUUCUGGUUCGGCACUGAAUUCUUAACCUGAAUCCCAGCACUGUACUCUGGACUUGGAUUCUAAUCCGCAGCUAAGUUUUAGUUACAGAAUUCCGAUCCAGGAUUCCGUUUUCAAAUUCAGAUCCAGAACUCAACUCAGAAAUUAUAUUCAAGAAUACACAUCCGGAAUUUAGUCCAAAAAUCUUCCGAAUCUAGUUCAACUUGCAGAAUUGAAUUUUAAAGGCAAAUUAUCGACUUGCAUUCUGGUUUAUAACUCUGAACCUAGACUCUGGAAUGCAGUUUAGAACUGAAUUUUGAAAAUACAACUAAAUUUUAAAUCUGAGUUUUGUUGCCGGAUUUCAGUUUGAAGUUCCAGAGCUGCAAGUUGUUCUGAAUUUUGGAUAGGAAUUUUGGAACUGAAUUCUAGUCUGAACCUCGAUUUCAGUUUCAGAAUUCAGUUUCAAAAAUCAGACUAAAAGUCUAGGUCUACAAUCAAGAUCCUGAUUUCAGAUCCAUACAAAUAGAAAUCCAUUAAAAAAUCAUGACCAAAAUGAUUAAUAUCAUAAAAAUGUCAUGCGAGAUGAGUUAUUGUUUAUGAUAUGAAUAAUGUCGAAUUUUCGAUCUGGUUUCUGGAAAUGAAAAAAAAUCGCUUCUUGUAUUUUGAAUGUGAAUCUUAGCACUGAACUUUAGAAUUCGAUUCUGGUCUGAACUGAACGAAUCAACUACGCAGGGUAGAAUGAAUUAUGCAUCAAAUUCUUACCUUCUUUACUCAUCAAGCAUUUUAGAAAACGUUAAUUUCGAGUUACUACUGAAAAUUCUAUCUCAAAUUGUUGAUCAUGUCUCCGAUGACGUAGAGAAAAUAAUAUAUUGAUACGUUAAAUAAAAUAAGAGAUAUUCACGAUCAAAAACUUAUCACUCUCCUAGAGAGUAAAUUUUUAAAAUGCGCAUCAUAGUAAGGAAUUGAAAGGAACAGAUUAAUUAAGGACUGAGGCUAGUAGGUCGCGUAAAACAACGUGGCUCGCUGUGCGUAUUACAUUUCUCUCCAUGCUCUCUCGCAAAUGUGUAAAAUGACUCUCAAUGUUUCCCGAUCGCUAAAGUCAAUGAAUCAUUCUGAAAUUUUCACAGAAUAAUCUAAACUAAUUUUCUAAGAGAUUGUCAGUUGGGUCAGUUGAGAUAUUUGUCACCGUUUCUGAGAAAAUCAGAUUUGAAGCGGAAGAAUAUCCCUCUAAAUCACCCUAAAACACACUGGCCUCAGCCCUUAAGUCACUUCGAUGCUCCACAAUAUUGAUGCCAUUUCGUUCAAAUGUAUACCGCAAGAGCUAAUUUUAACUUUUAUAUGAAUUAUGGUAAAAAAUAGUUCAAAUUUAUGAAAACUGUACCUAAUUAUUUUUAUUGCCACAAUACAAUUGGCCUAUGAUAUAAAAAGUAUGAAAUAUAUCUACGGCUUUCUAUAUUGAUGUUCUCAGCAAAUACGAGAUCAAUACAUGUGCCUUCAAGUAUAGUAGCUUGUGAAGGAGCAAAUUUCAUAUCCAGCUUCAUAUACUUGCUCAUGAUAUCAAUGAAUUUUAUAUUUUCUUGUUUUGAGGCAUCUAUAUUAAAGUUCCCCACAACUAUCAUCGGCGUAUUUUUACGGGAAUAUAAAACUGGGGUGUACUUGAUUUCUUAAUCCGCAUAGAAAAAUCAAAUAUUUUAAGAAAAAACACUUUUUAAACAAAUGAGAAUUUUUAGCUGGGUUAAGAAAUUUUUUCCUAUUAUAACAUUUAAAUCUGUAUUUUUCAGGAGAAUUAGUAUAAAGAUGCGUUCUACAUCAAUACUUUCUUUUUCUCAUUGCAUGCUAAGACAAGACCUGACUACUGGCUUCUUAUUCUUUCUGUCGAGUGUUUAGUUCUGUUGAAUAAACACCAACUGCCUGUUUACGUAUCGGUUACAGUGUUGCCAUAUUUACAGAUUUUUUAAUAUUUUUUUACAAUAAACGUGAAAGAUGUUUUGAUGAAUGCAUUAUUUUCAAUAAUUAUUAACGUUAAAAAACAAUUAAUUGAGCAUACUUCUGCUGUUGAAUU